AUGCCAAUUGAUAUUGAAUAUGCAAUGGCCUACAAUAACAGAGGUGAAUUAUUUUAACUAAUAUUAGGCUUUCUAUAAAAUGACAGAGGAGAAAUGGAGAAAGCCUUAGCUGAUUAUAAUCAAGUUAUCUAUUAUGAAGUAUUUAAUUUAUCUUCCUUUACCAGCUAAAGUAGUUCAAAUAUUUGUGGAUAAUCUGAUAUUUCAGACGCAAAGAAUUUCCAUUCUCUCUUAUACACUACCAAAAUUCCUCAGCUUUUGUACUUCACAACAAAAUAAAAUGAAAAAAUGUUUAAAAAGUUCAUCAUUGCAAGGAGGUUACUACAUUGA